AUGGCAUCGCAGUCCACUAUUCCCGUUUCGGAGCAGGGACACUCACCGCCUAAACUAGUCCAAAAGGGGACAGCCCUCUCGCUUAGGGCUUUGGCAGCCAAACACACAAAUUGGACCAACCGCCGCGGUGGGUUUCGUUUCGGUCCCUCGACAAUAACCUCGCCGACCACCAUGUCUACUGCCGAGCUCGCUUGCUCCUACGCGGCCCUCAUCCUCGCCGAUGACGGUGUCGAGGUUACCGCCGACAAGCUCCAGACCCUCCUCGGUGCCGCUAAGGUCCAGGAAGUCGAGCCCAUCUGGACUUCCAUCUUCGCCAAGGCUCUCGAGGGCAAGGACAUCAAGGAGCUCCUGACCAACGUUGGCUCUGGCGGCCCCGCCGCCCCCGCCGGCGCUGGUGGUGCCACUGAGGCCCCCGCCGAGGCUGCUGCUGAGGAGAAGAAGGAGGAGGAGAAGGAGGAGUCCGACGAGGACAUGGGCUUCGGUCUUUUCGACUAAGCGUCUCGUUUUCUCUCUCUCGUGUUUCUCGUUUUUUCCUGUCUCCUUUUAACGUCCACCCCCUUGUAUCCGAUAUCACGCCCCUGCACGAAGACCGAAAUGGGAAAAGAAAAAAGAUUCUACGGACAAGGACAUCCAGUGGGACUGGGCGCUUUGCUUGCAUGAUGGGUUAUGUCGUGACAGAGGUAAUGAAACGGAUGACGCUAGGAUUCCGGCAAUAGAAAUGAUACAAAAAAAAGCAAAAACGUUUGACUUGCUUUGUUUUACCG